AUGGAUUGCUGUUCCUGUUUGACAGGUUUUCUUUACCUAUCAGUCUAUGGCAAAGGCAACACCUUCAACCCUGAGGGUUAUCUGGACCUUUCAGAAUCUUCAAUUCACGACCAGUGGGAAAGUCUGACGUUCUGUCCGUCCAAAUCAGGAGAUGAUACGAUGGAAAAACACCUCACGCUUUCAGGAACACCCGGAGUGGGUUUUACAGUAGAAGCAUCUCAAGACAAUGGAAUAGGCCUCGAUGACCCUAAAGAGUUUGAAAUAAAUGAACGGAAUACUGUAAAUGUCUUUCAGUUUAUCCCACCUAAAGACAUCUCAAAGACGCAGCUUGAUAUAACGGUUAUUUCCGACUCGGAUGUCCCAUCUUACUUGAAAGUUUCACAAAACUGUCAGGACGUUAAGGACAACAUAGGACUCGUGGAUUAUAGGGGCAAGUCUAUUCGUCUUACUUUUGCGAGGAAAGGACGUAUCACUUUAUCCAAGGCAUCUAUUCCUCCUCUGGCCGACUCAGCAAGCUGGUACAUUGGUAUUGCUCUAAAUAACGCUGCAGGUACAACGCCUUCGAAUGCAAAUAAAACUGGAACAUUAACUUUGAAAAAAUCGUUUAGCUACUCGUAUGCGGGGCCCAUGUCAUUCAUAUGCUUGGUACCCUUUUUCGGUGGUGGCAUUGCAGUUGUCUGGGCUUUGAUUUGUUUCAAAGAACCUCAUGUUCAUCCAUUUCAAUCUUCUAACAGUCCAGUAACAGUAAGUUGGGGCGAAGUCUGCACAGCCAUGGGGGACGUCAUCAGGAACCACUGGUUUGCAGGAGGGCCCAAAACCUUCUCGUACAUCACAUGCAUUGUCGGUUGCGUCUUGAUGGUUGGAGCUUUUCAGUUUGUUUAUGCAGAAUGGUAUUUGAUGAUUGAAGAAGGCGAUAGAGACCAUUGUUACUAUAACGACUUUUGUUACAGGGUAUCAAGUAGCGAUAUUCCGUUUAAUUUAAUGAGUAGCAAUUUUGCAUAUAUAGUGCAUGCCUUUAUUUUAGCAUUGUCUGUCUGGUACAUGGAGGCAGAAGUACUAGCCCGUUGUAAAAAAAUAGAUUCCGAGGAACACAAAAGGAAAUUUUCCUUUUCAAUAGGUUACGCUUUUGCGUGGGCGUUGUUUUUCGAGGGGUUGUUUUCAACACUUUACCAUCUUUGCCCAAGUAAGAUCACAUUUCAGUUUGAUACGGCAUUUAUGUUCGUCAUUUCAGGUUUGAUUGUCGUUGUGAUGUAUAAUGGCAUUAAAACAAAAAACUGCCAGGAAGAUGGAGAGGCGAGAGAUAAUGUGGGAGCACCAAAUUUCUUCCUUGCCUUUAUAGUCCCACUUUAUAUUUUAAACUAUCUCGGUUCACUGAAUCACUACAGGGAAGGUCUUGUCCCAACGGCGGCCUGGGCCGUACCCCUUGCUCUUUGGUGCUUUGUUAUUGUUAACUGGGUUGGCUAUAAAUUGUAUUUUAAAGACUGGAAGCGGUGUUCGCUCUUGGAAGGGGACAAGUGUAAAAAAUGUAUUGGCCUUACUAUUGGUGUGAGCAUAGCAGUCCUUCUGCUAUGUUUGAUGACGAUUAUCGAUAGCCUUCCACAAGCGCUUCUUUUUACUUGUAUUGCAGAAAGCAUAUUCGUUACUACGAUGAAAGUCUGCUUGGGGCGCGAGCGUGAGUGUGAGUGUGAUUGUAAGUGUAAGUGUGAAUGUUGUUCUUUAAAACGUUUUUUCACUUGGUUCUAUGUAUUGAUAACCAUAGCGUUUUUAGUUUCCGCAUUCUGUAUUUUUAAGGCCUUUCCAACAACAGAUAAAGCAAACACUCCUGAGAAAUCUCGUAAUAGAAACCACGAAUGCAAAUGGUUCGGUUUCUUCGACUACCACGAUAUCUGGCACUUUUUGUCUUCAUUUGGUCUGCUGAUGGGAGCACACCUUCUGAUGUAUGCCAGCCAUACUGCUCCG